ACUCUUUGGCAGCAUGACCAACAACACCCUAUCAGAUUUUCUGUGGAACCAGAAAUGGUGGUUUCCGGCUCAUAUGCACAACCCCGGGGGCCCCGACUACUACCCAACAUGGCGAGAUCUAGACAACAAACCCGGAAGUGGUCUAUACUAUCCUAAAAUCCAAGACCUUCAUCUGGGCGUUGGAUUGGGUGUUCUGAUGGUGAUCCUACGAUAUUUGCUCGAAAUAUUCGUCAUCAUUCCUAUGGGACACAAACUUGGCGUAAGGCGUAAGAAACAUGUGUACGUGGAACCUUACGAGAAACUAGAGGCAGUCUACGGAAAAAAAAGCAAAAUGGACGGUGAUGCAAUCCAUGCGCUCAGCAAGCAAUUGGACCUCUCCACAAGACAGAUAGAGGUUUGGUUCCGGAAAAAACGAAAGAACGACGCCCCUGUCCCAAUAAAAAAAUUCUGUGAUAACACAUGGCUAUUCCUGUUCUACUCAUGCUCAUUUAUUUAUGGAAUCAACGUGAUGUGGUCGAAACCAUGGCUUUGGAAGACAAAAGAAUGUUGGUACGACUGGCCAGUACAGGUAUAUAUUAACCUUAAUAAGAAUGCGGAUUCGCGCUUUUUCGACACACUAUGUGCGAUUGCAUGGCGACAAAAAGAGCCCGUAACAGACGACGUGUUUUGGUACUACCAACUCGAGGUGGCGUUUUACUGGGGCUCCCUCUUCACGCUGUUCACGGACCAUAAGAGAAAAGAUUUCAUCGUAAUGACCCUGCAUGACUUGUCCACUCUCGCUCUGCUCUACUUUUCCUGGAUGGUCAACUUAGUGCGCAUUGGUACACUGGUUCUGGUCAUACACGACGCUGCGGAUCCAUGGUUAUCAUUAGCGAAAAUGGGCAUCUACCUUCACAACAAAACAUUAGCAGAUUUAACAUUCAUAGUGUUCGCAUUGCUGUGGUUUACAACGAGAUGUUUUCUGUUCCCGUAUUUAGUUAUACUCUCGACGGGUAUAGAAGUAUUUGCGUUCAUUGACGAGCCGUUCUUCGUCUACUAUUUCUUAAACGCAUUCCUCCUCGUCAUUCAACUUCUGAACAUCAUGUGGACCUUCUCCGUCGUGAAGAUCAUGUACAACAUUAUCACAAAAGGAGAGGUGUUUUCACUGGUUUCGUCCGCGCUAUGAAACAAGCCGCGUUCUCGGAAAAUAGGGUUUAAAGCAUUUCCAUACAGCGUCUAUCGAGAUUAGCCUGUGCAGUCCACACAGACUGGUCAGAGACGACACAUUCCGCUUUUAUGGAACUUUUCCGUUUAAAAGAAAUCCCUUCUAAAUAUCCAGUUUUGGUCGAAAAUGUCAUCCCUGAUUAGCCUGUGCAGACUGAACAAGCUGAUCUUGGAUGACACUUUACGCACAUGUAUUAAGUCCAGUUUUCCCAACCGAAGCGAUAGCAAAGACGAUGAUGGCGAACAAGAAAAGGACUGUACUUGUAAUGGACAUUCUAGUGCAAACGGUGUACGAACAAAUACAAGUGACUCUGAAGAUAAAGCCGAAACAAACGGGCUUGGAACCGAACAAUACACCAACGGAAAUUCUCACACUCGAUAAAAUCGGACGGUACAUUCCAUGGAAUGUUUAUUUUCUAAAUUUGCGCAUGAUUUGAGUGCAAUAUGACUUUAUUU